AUGGCUCGCAGUCCGUUUGGUUACGAAGAGAAGGAGGGCGAGGUCCUCGCCCCUUCUUACAAGCUCAUCAAAUCCAAAACAGUCGAGCUCAAUCAGAUCGUCAAGCCCUGGUUCAACAAUGGCAAGGGCGAGGUGGUCGGGCGCCGCUACGAUAAGGAACGAAUGUUGAACAACGCCGCGGCCCUGCAACACAUCUCGAAGAGAACCACCAUUCCGGUACCACGGCUAAUCGGGUUCGGGGUGAACGCCGACGGCACAGCAUGGAUCGAAAUGGAACGACGAGUGCCGGAUGCCGACAGGCAAGAAGCACGUCGCCGAGGCGAGUGCGCCGAGUGCGACCGCAUUGCCAAGGCCAACGCCCGACGCUUCGUGACUGACGAGGUGCUUCCGCAGCUCAGGUCGCUCAUCUCGGACACGGGCGGGCUGAACGUGGUAGUGAUUCCGCCGCUCAUUAUGAUGCAUGCCGACACGCUGCAUGUGCUCAAGAUUGUCGACUGGGAGAACGGUGGGUAUUUCCCGCCCAAGUUUCUCAACGUCUGGUCGCUGGAGCGGUCUGACUAUGAGGAAUACUACGCGAACGGAGAGCGAUGA